AUGCAUUGGGUGGCUGUUUGUUUACUGCUUGUUAUCGGUGAGUUUAUGACAUUUCCUUCCAUGCCCUUUUAACGACUGGGAACACAAACAAACAACCCUUCUAAAACAAAAACAAUCCAAUGAGUUUCGGUUUCUAGGGCUUAUCAACCGCAAUUUUGCGGGUUUUGGCUAAAAAUUUUAAAAAAAAUUUUUAAUUUUAAAAUGUACCUAAAACAACUUAAAAAAUACCUAAAACAUAGUCAAAACCACAUUUUUUUCAGCGUGCUACGCCAACGAACGUCGUACCAAAGAACUCCUAGUACCUAUAAACUCUGUAACCCCUUUACUAUGUGAGCCGAUCUUCAACGACGAAAACGCUAAAGCCGUAUGGUAUAAAGACGGCGAUAAACUUGGCACAGUAACCGGUCGAUCCAAUUUCAUUUCGAAUGGAAAACAGCUCUACAUGAAGGAGAACAUCCCCGAGGUCGGGUUCUUGAUCAUUCCUCAUGUUACACUCGAGGAUCAAGGCGAAUAUUGGUGUGAAAGAGUUGACAACAAGGUACAAAGCGACAUCUCUCGCAUUCGCUUGGCAUAUUUGCAUAAACUGACGGCGGAGAAACAGAUCAAAGUGUGGCCGGAUAAGCCGGAACUGGGAAUGAGCGUGACCUUGACCUGUCCGGAUACUCAGGCCUAUCCUGAAGUUACUAUUGGGUGGAAGAAGGUAGGUUAGGGCUUAUAUUGUAGUAGGUAGAGUAUAUUAUUGUAAGUAAUGCUUGGCAGGUGAUAUACGAGGCCAAGUCAAAAUUUUUUUUUUGGUUUACCGUACCUUAACAGGGAACAUCACGUUCGAUUUUGCUUAGAAAACUUAUUUCGGGAAAGGUUAGAACAGGGAUAACAAAUACAUUGUUCAAAAAUCAACCCCUACGUACAUUAUGGCCGUACAUCUAAGUAUAUAUUGUUGAAACUACACUAAACUAUCUAUUAUAUAACCUUUACAUUCAAUAAUAGCAUCUAUAAAACAAUGUCAAUUUCAGAACAACGAGCCUAUUGAAUUCUCGUCUGGAAGAUACGAAGUGAUACACAAUGGCUCAUUGAUUAUCACAAGAUUCACGAAUGAAGAUGAAGGAUUAUACGAAUGUGUCAUUUCGAAUUUUGCUGAUCAAACCUCGGUAAAAGUGCAUCUUUCAAGUCCUGGAAUCAUCCCGCUGGCUAACAGUAAGUAUUUAACACAUUUUUAGGUAACAAAAUGAACCUUUUUGUUUAAGAGAUGAAUAUUAUGUAACAAAAUGCAUAAUUUACUUCUAAAAUGCAUUUUUAAUCAAACUUUAAAAAAUUAUUUUAAAAUAGAGAUUUUAUGUUUACGGUACUAUAAUUAAAUUACCAUACGUAUGGCCAUACCUACUAUAUAUAUCCCAAUAUAACCUAAUCAUUUACAAUAAGAUAGCAAUACUGUAACCUCAUUAAGUUCACAUUUUCAGCUGUUUUCCAUUACACUCGUGCCAGUAGUUGUACCAAUUGGACACGGAACAAUAUUUUCUGGUUUCUCGUCGGCUGUCUGACUACCAGUUUCAUCGUGCUGGUGUACUUGUUGGCCGGAAUGAUCUGUUAUAAACAUUCGAAUAGGCGGCAGACAACGUUCUCUCUAUUAUAUUCGUUCUUGAGAGCGGAUCCAUCGUUGGCACCCGGCUUCAGGAAGGUGGUGGUGCCGUCAGCUGACGUUAUUCGCGACCCCAAUCACAACGGGUUUAUGCAGGAGGUGUGA